AUGAGGCGCCAGAUACCCACAAGAGACCAGUACUUCUCUGACGAUAGAGCCCUCCCAGCCCUCGUCGCUCUUAAACCUGUUCCAUCCGCCAGUUCUCAGCUCCACCGCGCAGUACCCCCAGGACGGAAGUGCCUUUUUCCAGUCACAACCUACUGGUCAUCACCAUCUGUAUCCGGGUAUAGACGUCCGCUCUCGCCUGGGCUCCAAAUGGCAUAUCCCUAUCCCCCUUCACAUCGCACCCCAGGCCUUCCGCACCCUGGUCCCCAGAUUAGUGCUCGAGAGCAGUACACCUCUGCAACGCCGGGGUUUAGGAGGCCUUCCGAGCAUUCAGGGAGAUCACCUUCUUUUGCCACGCAACCAAGAGGAAGACACCCUCUAUCACCAACUACAAGUCCAAGCACAGCGUUCUCGGCUCCAAGCAUGGGCUCGAGCGGGUACGGCAACAGGCCUACAGGGAACCAUAUCCCCCCCCUGCACGGUGUUCAUAUGAUGGGAAGUCUCCAAUACAACGAUGGUGCAGGAACUCCUGUCAAGGUCGAAGUCAACGGGACAAUUGACAAGGGUUUCUUCCUUUCAGAGAACGAAUGGACAUGCUACCGAAGGAACUACUUUUCGUGCAUUUGUUCCUAUUCAUUGAGCCCUCACAUACCUAGCGUCUCCAUCCAGUAUACCGCGACUGGUUCAACACAGCCAGUUCAGGUGUACGGAUUCGCCAUGUCCAUCUCAGCCGUCGUCUCUGAUAACGAGUCACACAACAUUGAGUUGGUGCAGCACACACCAAAGAGAGACAAAGGACCCAUAAUGAAGCCCGAAAAGGUUCGCCUGGGCAGCAAGCCCCGCGAAGCUAGUCACCACCACCACAUGGGCAUGUUUACAGACUCAGUCGUAUCCAACCGUCCUGUUUACCCCGACAAUUUCAGCAAUCAACCCGGCGGUCAGCAACUGCCUACAGAGCAUACGUUCGAGCGAAUUCAAUUCAAGCAAGCCACGCAGAACAAUGGGAAACGAAGGGCUGCUCAACAGUACUACCAACUGGUCGUCGAACUAUGGGGUGAUGUUGGGACCCAAGGUGGUGGCGGCGACCAGUUCGUCAAGAUAGCCACACGCAAAUCUGCAAAAAUGAUCGUCCGGGGGCGGUCGCCAGGACACUAUCAGAACGACAGGCGGGGAAGCCAAAGCAGUGGUCCGGGUGGAUCUUCGGGCAACCUGGGAGGAUACACUGUCGGCGGCAUGGCUGACUUCAACACUUCCAUGAUGGGUGGACCGAGCUACGCAACUGGUGGGUUCGAUGCCCGUAACAGCCUCUACAGCGUUCGUCACCACGACAUACCGCCCGAAUCGAUGAUUCCCCAAGAGGAUUCCAAGGCGAUUGGUACGACUCGAGAAUAUCAGUAUUAUCCAGGGCCCAUGUACGAAGGGCAAAACGACAGGAUUGACUUGUUCAACCCUCGAACUGAUCGGGAUAAUGUCGUAUCGCAUAUGGCUACGAGUAUGAUGGUGAGCAGCAAGAUCAAGCCGGAUUAUGACGGCGCUGCCCUCCCCAGUAUCUUCCAUCCACCAGCGCAAAUGAAUGAUCGCCCGCCAGGACCCUUCGAAGGCAAAUCCACAUCGAGCGGCUACUAUCCAAUCCCCUCCUCGGGUAUCAACAUGACCAUGACAUAG